GCUGGCAGAUCUGUAACGCUCGAGUCCGUGCCUAUGCUUUGGAACGCAGGCAAGAUAGUGCUGGGCAGUAUUGUAGAGCCUUCACUAACUGAGCGGACAUAUGUACAGGAGUAUACUGCUCCUUGUACUUACUGUCGGGCGCUCAAAGAGGGAAAGCUUUUUGCCAAUUUCCCGAGUUUCUACGGUAGGUAG